CUUGUAUCACCACUUAUAAUUAUCUUGGGGCGAAAACCUGGGUCCGAUUUCUGGAUUUAUAGACCUGGCUCUUCCGAGCGUUUCGUUCGUUUUUCACGACCCUCCACGACCCCCUCUACUACCUUAGAAUGGCCCACGAUAUCUCAGAGGUCGCCCUCCAGCACCGUUCUCGCGACUGGACCUUCUAUCUUGUCCUCUUUGGCGUCGUUGGCCCUGUCUGGCUCGUUGUUCCAGCUUGUUGGGGUUUUGUCAUCUACGCCACAGCUACCUCUGCCCUCUGGGAUUUUGGAUGGCUGGGAAACACCGCUUUCGCUGUGGCUCUGUUCGAGGUGUUCUUUAGCAUCUAUUACAGUUAUCUUGCACAGUGCUUGUCCAGUCCGACCACAACGCCUAUUAAGACUGUAGAGGAACUACAGGUUGCUCUGACGCGAGUCGUCAAGUCCGGCCUCGCCAAUCUUUCCGAGGACGACUUUGACACAGAGUCUCUAGACGAGUCAAGACCUGGAAGUCCAGAAGAAGACAUCAUACAACUCGACCACGACGAUCCUCGAGCGAUCGACUUUCGCAAUUCUUUUCGAACUUGGUUUGGUUUUGUUCCUUGGUCGCAAGUCCGAUUGCAUGAGGUUCGACAGUGGCUUUACUGGGCACUCUUUAAUGCUGCGCUACCUCCUUUGGAGACGUUACCUGAAGAUCGUCGCGUUGCUUUAGAUGCAGCAGUCGAAAUGUUUCAGAAGCGUGUCGGCAGACCGGUGCCCGAAGGGCGUUCCCCUCACAUCAAGACUGUACGUCUGAGUGUCGACAAAUUCAAUGCGUACUGUCGCCCAUUUCUUGUAUAUGUAUUCGUCUUCACGCUAAACUGCAUGGCGAAAGCCCGGUUACGCAGUAAGUAUGGCCUCAAGUUCUCCUCCUAUGAGGGAUUGGAAUAUGGCAUUCACAUUCCAGAUACUUGGGACCCUACUUCUGGACCUAGGCCAAUUGUAUUCUUUCAUGGACUCGGGCUUGGGAUAUCGCAAUAUAAACUUGCAGUAUCCCGACUUCUCCAACAUUUCAGUGAUCGUCCCCUUCUCGUCGUAUUGCAACCUCACGUUAGCCAGGAUAUUUUUCACCCACAUUUUUUAAAGCCCAUGACUCGGAAACAAACGACAGAGCUCCUGGCUCGUUUUCUGGAUCACCUGGGUUGGGCUGACCUGACCGACUCGGGGAAUCCAUCGGAGAAACCGACAGAAAAGAAGGAGGCUAAAGAAAACAUUCGGGAAAAGAAAGGAGUAACAAUGCUGAGUCAUUCGAAUGGGACAUAUUGCCACGGUUGGAUGCUUAAGGACUAUCCGCAUAUGAUCACACGAUCAUGUUUUGUUGACCCGGUGGCAUUUUGUUGUUGGGAAGGAGACGUUUGCUACAAUUUCCUCUACCGGCCGUGCGCCACGGGUAUUGACUUGAUCAUGCGUUAUUUUGUAGGUAGGGAAAUUGGCAUCGCAAAUCUCCUGCAGCGGCAAUACGACUGGUCUUCAAACGCUCUUUGGUAUGAAGAAAUACCCAAUGCUCGCGAUUACAACAAAACCUUCUUUGUUUUGGGCGGAAAUGAUAUCAUUGUGAAAGCUCAGCGUGUUACUCAGUAUCUCACUUCGCACGGGAUAAAGAAGAACCUAUAUCUCGAUCCUAAAGGGCACCACGGACAGCCUUUUCUUCUUAAUGGUGAAAGUCACGACAAAAUCAUUAGUUGGCUUCGUCUGGCAUAA